AAGCUCUCAGCAGUGAUUGGCAUGUCAUAGACUGAUGUUCUGACCAAUGGGAGUAGGCUUAGUUGUGUUGACGUGAGAAGUACUGCCUACAAUGAAGAAAUGCAGCAUGAACAAGCUGAGCAAGAGCAAGACUGCGCAGGUUUAAAGAACACGAGGGGAAAUUCCUGAAAGUAUCUGCUGAAAACACAUGUGAAUCUGGUUCAGAAUGGCAACACAUAACAAUACUCCAAGAACCAAUGAUAGUGAGUAUCGUUGUACUUUAAAAGAAGAAUUCAAGUACAUUCUUCUCCCAGUGAGUUACAGUCUGGUGUUUGUGGUCGGCCUGGGCUUGAACAUCACAGCCAUGUACGUCAUCUUAUUUCGAACCAAAAACUGGAAGCCCAGCACCAUCUACAUGAUCAACCUCAACAUCUGUGACACUCUUUACAUCCUCACCCUUCCGUUUCUGAUCUACUAUUACGCUGAUGAGAACGACUGGCCAUUUGGCGAGACGAUGUGUAAGCUUAUUCGCUUUCUCUUCUACACAAACCUCUACGGAAGUAUCCUCUUUCUCAGCUGCAUCAGCCUGCACCGAUUUUUAGGCAUCUGCCAUCCGGUUCGCUCUUUGUCCUGGAUAAACGGCCGUCGGGCUCGUUUUGUUUCCGUGGGAAUAUGGGCAAUCGUACUCAUCUUCCAGGCCCCGAUCCUUUAUUUCUCCAGGACGAGAAGUAAUGGUACCCUUCUGAUCUGUCACGACACCACCAGCAAAGAUCUCUUCAAUCACUUUGUGGUCUACAGCUCGGUGGUGAUGUUUCUGCUGUGUGUCCUACCAUUUGGGGUGGUGCUGGUCUGCAACGGGCUGAUGGUGAGGAAACUUAAGGAACCCAGUGUUGGCGAAGGACCGAUGUCACAACGCUCCAAGCAAAAGUCGGUGAAGAUGAUCAUUAUUGUGCUUCUGACUUUCAUGUUGUGCUUCCUGCCCUUCCAUCUGAAUCGCAGUAUAUACUACACCUUCCGCUACCUGGACAUACAUAAUUGCGACAUGCUUCGGCUCGCCAACAAUGCCUACAAAGCCACGCGACCUCUUGUCAGUAUCAACAGCUGCAUCGACCCCAUCCUCUACUUCAUGGCAGGGCAGAGCUUCAGAAAAUCCAUCAAGAAAUUAAGCAUGAAGUCUGAUAAAACCCUUUCAACCUUACAGUGAAGAUGAAGAUCUUUGGGGGAAAAAAGCUUGAUAAAAAAAAGAUUUCAAAAGGGGGUUUUCUUUGCGAUGCCAGAGAGAAAAAAAAACAUUUUUUUGGUUCCUUUAAGAAACGUUUAGUGAGAAUGUUUUUUUCCUCAAUGUAAAGAAGAAAUAAUCUUUUGUGUAAUGCAUAGGUUUCAUGUAUAUGUUAAAGUUUGUAAACGAAACCAUGUAAUGUAAGAGCACAUACCCCUUCAUUUAUGGUCUGGAGACAAAGUCAUGGUGGUCAACUUGGUUUAAAAAUGUGGAAGUGAGAAUGACAUGAUUUUGGUUUGGUUUGUUCCUUACAAAAAUCUACUGGUUUGCAUGAGAAAACUUGGAUUUUUGCACAAAUUGCAAUUACUGUAUAUGCAUGCAUAGCUUCAUGCGAUCAGAGACUGUAGGUGUUUCUCAAUGUCAAGCAGACAGGACGGGUCCUUCCAAGUCAUUUCCUUCAGAGGCUAGACGAGGCUCCUCUUUAGCAUUCGGAGAACACGUAAAUGAAACAGCCCAGCAAGUGCACGUCAUUGCGUCAUUACAUCAGUGAAAGGUCCGCUUUCGGCGCUGCAAAAAUGGUAGUGCAACUGGUUUGGUUGCUGUACCGCACUGUUUAAACACACUUGACAGCCAUUAUUUUGUCUUUUUCAGCCCUCAUAGAAAUAAAUAAAUAAAAGUAAGGGAUGAGGCGGCUGUUAUAGCGAAUACAAACCCGCAAACUCUAAAGCCCGGAACACACCAAGCCGACGGUCGGCCGUCUGGCAGAUUUUGUGCGUCGUCCAACUAAGUUUCCUCGGUGUGUGAUACGCACGGUUCCGUGCCGUUGGCUGAAAAUAGUCCUUGUUGGCUUUGUUUCGACUGAUUCGACAUGUUUAACCGGCGUCGGGCCGUUGGGGAAAGAGAGAACUCUGAUUGGCUGUUCAGCUUAGUGAAAGAGUCAGUAAAAGCAAAACAGCAAGCUAAAUC